AUAUUCUACGCCAUGGAGCAAGGAAAAUCUCGAUGCAAUAGCCUCUUGACGUUUGCUGUGUUUGUCAACAUAAUACUGACUCUUUUGUCCGUCGGGUUCAUGAUUUAUAAAGUGAGAGUAUUAGAGGAGCGGGUUUUUGAGCUUCAAUUCAAGUCAGCACAGACGUUACACGCUGAAACCGGAGAAAAUGAAGAAGACGUCGAUAUCAUCAGGAGUAGACAGAAGAGGUCAUCUGAGUCCUUCGGCUCCAAACACUGUAUCAGCUGCCACAAUGCUUGUGUCAAACUAUUUGGACUGGGAACUAAGGCCAAGGUACGAAUCACUUAAAAUACAAUGGAACCUUUUUUAAUUAAAAGAUCAAAAUAAUGGAUCAAAGCAAGUGGUUUUCGAAUACUGAACAAAAAGCAGGAGAGGAUCAAAAACUAAGAAUUAUUUGAGUCUGGGUCAAAAGCAGAUAUUUCGCCAUUGUAAAAUUAAAAAUAGUUGUUUGUAUGACAGGGAAAGUGAUUUAGUCGAGGGCAAGGGGGAGGAAUAGAAUUUAGCGUGAAAGACAAGCGUGGCAACCCGCACGGCCAUCAGAAUUACGUUUAUUAUAUCGGAUACAAGAGUUUAUCAUAUAUUUUUUUAAAUAUUAUUUUGAAUGACCUUGUUGAAUUCACACAUCUGCAUUCUAUUUAGCGCCUGUUUCAACCAAGAUUGCCUUCUAAAUAAUUUAAUGGAGACUGGGAGGGAGGGUGUAUUUUAAAUUACUCUGAUGAUUUCAAUCUGAUGAUAUAUAGAAACGGGACAUAUCUAGACAUGGGAUUAUAGGUUAUGCUGAUGGUCGUUUAUCUCUGACCCCAGUGUCAUCUUCCAAUGUCUUUGUUUGCGUCAAUUUUUAGACAUGUUCGAGGUAAUUAAAGCUUUCGGGGCAUCAUUAAACAUUUGUAAAAAUAAGAAUUAGAAGGAUUAAAUAAAGAAAUUCUACCCAGCAAUCAGCUAACAGUACUGUUAUGUGCGCUAGCACAUGACUAGAUAAUCCGUGCAAAGAUGGAAACAGUUUCGUAAUAUGCCAGUCACGUGACAUUAUAUAAACAAUACAGUUUCUCUGUUUCGAGUGUCUUUUUAUGUUCUCAAUCAAUAUGAUAAUGAAGGAAAAAAUUCGAGGCGCGAAAAACAAGGGGAUUUUUCAGCAGAUAUGAUAUCCAAGCUGACGUUAUCUAAUUUGAAUUCCCAUCGGAAGUGUAAUGUUAAUUUGUUGAAUUUUUAAUGCAUUUGAGAUCGAGUUCACCUUCUAUGAUGAUUUUCCACAAAGGCCAGAUUCUUAUUUUAUCUUAUUUCCAGGUCACAGUUAAAUCUGGAAGCAACGGAACAGAUCAAGAUAUUAUUUGCACGAGAGGUAAGAAUCGUGGUACAGAGUUGAAGUAAAAGCACACCCAGUCCCUUCAGUAAUACUUUGUGCACAGUCUUUGUAGACGAUUAAAAAUGUUGGAUGCUUGGCUUUCACUGCAAUCAGCUGUGUCGACGCGUAUCAUUUUAACAUGUUUUAAGGAUAAUUUGGGUAAAAAAAAGAUUGAUAGCAUGUAUUCGACACCCUGCUGUCGGCUGUUCUUUGACUAAUUCACUAUGAGGCGAACAACCCGGGUGGGGGAGGGGACUCGGCAUAUGAAAGGGGUGGGGAUGCUCGUCGUCUCGCUUAGGGUUGUAAAUUUCGAAUUUUGGUCUCACUUAGGGUGUUCUGGGCAAAACGCUAUCAUAUUUAGCCGUGAAGGUCUCGUUUAGGGUUGCACGCAAAAAAAUAUAACAAUAUAUAUUUGAUAUGUAUAUUUUUUUGGUUUCUUUUAGGGGUCAAAAAAAAAGCUUCGGUUACGCCCAAGUCGGUCUCCUUUAGGGGUUUAAUUCAAAAUUUUCGACGAGCAUCCACCCCUUUAAUAUGGGGAGUCCCCCCCCCCCCGGGCGAACAACUUUCAUGCAUUCGUGUCAUUGCGUUUUCACCGGCCUUUUUUCUAGAACAAUUUUUUUUUAUUAUCAAUUAUUAUUUUAUUUUCUUAUUUUUUCUUUUUUUUUUCACAUGUUAACGACGUUAAGGUUUAUUUUUGUUUUUUGUUUUUUUAUGGGUAUAAUGAUAUUGUUUUUUUUUUCCAUAUCUUAUACUUCCAAUGUGCACAUACACAAAGCAGAGCUUCCGUUUAAGAAUAAACCGGUCUGUGAAAAAGCCGUGACGGACGCCAAGUAUAGGAGUGGCUCGCACUCUCGCACUGGGCUAGCGGCUCCUGUAUAUAGCCAGUGACUAAACGCCAAAAAAAUGCGCAUAAACUGCUCAUCAUAUCAUUGGUUUUGAGUCGGGCAAUGAGAUUUCAACUAGACUACUUAGGAAAAAGGCAAACCACGAAUUACCUUCAGAUACUAAAUUGAGAAACUGCUUUAAUGAAAUUUUUCUCAGGUGAACGAGGGCCUCAGGGAAAAGAAGGUCGAAGAGGACAACGCGGCCGACCGGGUUACGUAGGUAAAACCGGAAAAAGAGGACCCCCUGGUGAGCGAGGUCUCCGUGGUCCCAGAGGAAGGCCUGGGAAGGCGUUUGACGGAAAUAUCUCCAAACUGAUUGAAGACAUAGGUAAGUCAGGAAUAGUGGAGCCAUCAUUCCACCACCUCUUUUACGAGAAUGACGUCUUAUUCUGUUUCUAGUGAACAAGAGUCACAAAGUAGCUUAAAAGAAAUAAAGGGAAAGAGGGUAUUGUACUCCCGCCCCACCGCCCCCAGUUUUGUUCCGUCCCUGCUAUAGUUUGGCUUUAUAGUGAUGGCUGAUUUCUUGAUUUUAAAGGUCGAGUCUAACGUAGUUUUUCAAGCAUAAACACCAUUUUUCCUUUCUUACCACUUUGUACUGGAAGCAUUGAUAGGCCGCACUUGUUAGUUAUGACUAAGUGAAACUUGGUACUACCGAGAACAAAAUAAGCGAGCGGUUAACGUUAAGGAGGGGCUUGUUUAGCCCUCUAACCCAGCUUUCAGCUUGGCCAAGCUGUCCCAUGGAAAAUGUAAGCCACUCUAAGUCGUUCAAAAGUAUAAUCAAUGAUUUCGUUUUUGACUUACAAAAAAGGAUGCUAUUUUAUUUACAGAUUUGCCUAAAAUCAAGAAACCGCCUCCCUCCAACUUCACAACAGAAGAGGGGAACAAUGUCUCUCUACCCUGCUACCCCACCGGCUUCCCCACACCAGUGGUCACGUGGUAUAAAAAUGGCGAAGCCCUCGAUGGUAAUCAAUAUAAUGCUGCCACGGGAUUGCUGACAUUUUCUAGCAUCUUGUUCGCUGAUCGAGGCUUGUACAAAUGUGAGGCAAGGAAUUUCUUAGGGUUUGAUUAUGCAACCGUCGAAAUCACAGUCGAAGGUAAGUGGAAGAUCAGAGGACAUUAGAAAAUAGUUCUCACAAUCUCAAUCUUGGGAUUAUUGCUUGAUUGUUGGCUUAAGUCUUUGAUCGAGCGCUGUUUAUAUUUAUUUAUUCAUUUAUCUAUUUAUUUGGCGAUUGUUUUUUUCUUUUCUUUUCGUUUCUUUUUUUUUUUUUCUGGUGCCAUGGUGUCCAAGUUUAAUUAGUUGUUACUAUUUUUGAAUAUAGAAAAUGUUUUAAUUCUGAUUAUCUACCAUCCAAUAUCCAAGGCGCACUCGUAGAAUAAUUGUUAAACAGACUCCUCCCUGAAACCGUCACCGCUGUUUCGUUACUCUAUAGGACGGUCCCAUUAACGUUCGUUCUUAACCCUUUAAGCCCCAAUAUCCACAUACAAAUUCUCCAAACUGAUCUGUAAACAUUUCCUUCAAGAAUAAGUUGAGAGAAUUUGAUAAAAAAUCAAGGCAUUUUCCCUUAGGUGAUCAUUUUAUUAAUUCCCAUAACCUAAUCUCUUAACAUUGUAUGGAUAUCGUUAGGAGAAAAUUGACGUUAGACACUACUGGGACUUAAUAGGUUAAGAGAGUUGAAUGUAUGCUCAUUAAUCCGUUUUGUUUGUUUGUUUGUUUAUUCGCAAAUUCGUUGCAGUUCCACCGCGAUUUGUAGACAAACCUGAGGUCUAUCAUAUGGGAUACGAGACUUGGGAUACCACUUUAUCGUGCAAUAUCUUUGGAUAUCCACACCCAGUUAUAAGAUGGACCCGGUCCUUCAGAUCAUUACCCACUGGCCGCUACGAGACGACAGGAAAAGACCUUAUCAUCAAGGAAACUCAGCGAGAAGACAAAGGACCAAUCAUGUGCCGAGGAGAUAACCACCUGGGUCACGUGUACGCGCUGAUAGUGUUGGUGGUGAACCCUGUUUGUGAGUAUUUAUUGUAAUUUAACAAAUUUCAACAAGGUAGGUAUUGGUCAAAACGAAAUUCAUGGAAAUCUUCUUCAGCCAGGAAAGACUUUUUAAAAAAAAACAGAAAAAGCAGUCGAUCGAACAUUUUUAUAUUGGCUAACUAGCAUGGAAAGCUGGCCUGAAAUGUUAUAGAGUGCUCAAAGAAAUUAAACCAAUAAUUCGUGUGGGUUUAUUCAAACUGGUAAAUGCGCUGAAAAUUCAAGAUCGCAUAGUAAACACAUGCGCACAAGCAUCACAACAAAUGCAACAUUAUAGCCACGCACUGGUUUCUUGUGUCGAAGGGGCGGAUAUAUAUCAACUUCCGUUAUAGCGAUCACCUUUUUCAAGGCCCAUUAGUGUAUAUAUUUGAGAGUAAUUAUUUUAUUUACCUAAUAUUGUACCUUAACAAAUACUUCCUCCAUUGUACGCCUUAAUCUUCAGUGCCUCCGGUUAUCACCACCGCUCCACCCCCCUUAGUCACAGUAACAAAGGUACAUGAUACAGUGAUACUUCAAUGCGCUGCUCAGGGAUCCCCCGUCCCCACCCUGGAGUGGCGCAAGGAUGGUGUUGUCAUUUCUACUAACAUAACGUUGGAGACCGCUGAUGAAGCAAGAGGAAAACUUAUUAUUCCAAAAUUUGGCCCGUCUGAUCAAGGUGUCUACACGUGUUUCUUUAAAAAUUACGACAAUGGAACUGCCGAGACUUCAACCACCGCAGGUGAAAAUGAGUUAUGAAUAGGCCACUUCCGAGUUCCAAAAAAACUCACUUUCAAAAUGAGGCCAAGCCACAACCUUUCUUGUGAAAAUUAGUUUUAACCUCGUUUUGAUACAGAGGCCUGGGAGAACUCUGAAACGGCCUAUUGAUUUAGUUGUUUAGAAAUUUUCCUCUGCACCCUUCUUAUAGUGAUGCUAUCACGUGAUAAAUGGUCUAGAACGAACCUAUAAGUACGUGUUUAUCAAGCUUAAACAACAGAAAUGGCAGUUUAGUUGAAAGUGACGAUUGUGAUGGAGAAACAUAAACUUAAGUCACUUUUAAAAUUUAUAUAAAUGAUCAAUACUGAAGUUGUUGCCUCGGCCAAAACAACCUGCCCUAUAUAUACACCCCGAAACGGGCUGAUCUGAAACGACAACAUGACCCUUUAUGGACAAUGAAUCUGACAGUAAAGCUUGCAUAAUUACGUCAUUAGAGAUUGCAAAAAUCCUCUUGUUGAAAACACGAAGCGAUUACACAUGAACGUUAAUGUACUCCAUCCCAAACCAGUUAAUAAUACUGAAUCCACAUGAAAUCUCAUAAGAAACCGGUGUGUCCUAUAUUCCUCCCCUGUCGUCUUGUUCCCUUUCGACUUUACAAUGAUACUUACUUAAAAAUCUGAAAGGAAGAAAGAGCCCAAAUCAAAUUGUCCACUUUUCUUUCCAUGGAAGGUUAGCAAUCUUAAUAGUAAUUUAAUAGACUGUCCUUGCUAUUUAGCUACGGCAAAUAAAACAUUAGUUUUUUACUGCUGACGUUAACAUCAAAAGAGGGGUUCAAUUCUUUUGAUGGCCAAAACCACCUGGCGGAGAAAAGUGAUGAAAGAGCUGAAGUAGUAGGGCCUAAGAUGAGGCGAAGUGCAGGCAAAAGCACAGGACAAAGUUGCGUGGCGACGUUUGAUUGCGGCCUUAUUUUUUUAUUCAUUUAUUUAUUUAUUUUUAUUUGCCACAAUAAUUACAAAAAAUAUAAGAAAAGAAGAAAAAAAGAAGUGGCGAGGAGACCUAACAGAAACUAUAGAAGCUUAUGAGAGAUUAGGCCUCCUCGCACUACGGGCUAGAGCUGUUUCACAUCAAUUGAAGAAAAGAUAGCGACAAGUCGAAGAUGGAAAGAUUCAUGAACUGUUUUCAUACUUAAUCAAUAAUUUAAUCUUCAGUUUUUUCUUAAUUAAAGAGGAAAGAGAUAGAGGGUUGAUGACCUUGUUGUCAAGUGAAUUAAAAAACUUAGGCCCUUGAAAAAAGGGCGAGAACUUCUUAUGUCAGUCCCAAAACGAGCAGACGGUCCGCACCAUUAAAGUUGGUUCUAGGACCAUAUUUUGACAAGAUACAAGCAGUUUUCAAACCUUUUAACGGAUACUUUUGAGAAGGAGAAGGAGUGUUUUUAAAUUCAAUACGAUCCGCUAGUUUAAUGAAGGUUAUCAAAACUCUGUUUAUUCUUGCCAGGAUCGGAGGCCCAGGAGGUUUGAAGAGAAAUUUUAAUGGCCCAGGAAUAAGAGUAACAAAAAUUUCAGUUUUCUUUGGAACAAUGGAAUGAUGUCCUAUAAACAAGAAUUUUAAAAUAAAGAUUUCUAUCUGUUUCAUUUUAACACCCCAUUAACCAUUCGACAGGUUUACCAUUCACAUUCACCGUAUUUUCCUUUUCCUCGAGGAAUAAUCCAUAUUUUAAAGCCGUUUGAAAUAUAUAAGUAUUUGUCAAACAUUUUCUAUCUGGGUCUAAAGAAAUUUGGUAAUUCUAUUUUCCCUUGUCUGUCAACGUAUAAUUUAUGAGCAGAUCAAUAAAUGUACCUUUUGAUGAACUGCGUUUUCCAUAUUCUGUUUUGAUACUAGAGCUCGUUGGUUGCGGAGAUCCAGGUGUGCCUGUGCAUGGUUAUAAGACUGGGGAAAAUUAUUGGGCAGGACAGAUGGUUACAUUCACCUGUGACACUGGAUACCACUUAGAAGGACCUACAAACAGGUUGUGCCUCGAAGGCGGAAAUUGGAGUGAUGUAACGCCAACAUGUGAGUGCUCUUACAGUAAUAGUUUCACGCCUAUUGGUAUGAUGAUGAUGAUAUUAAUGAUAAUGAUGGCUACCAUGAUGGUGCUGAUGAUGAUGAUGAUGAUGAUGAUGAUGAUGAUGGUGAUGUACUUCGAUUUUCUUUCCUCAGGCCACCGUUAUUGUGAUAAGCCCAACCCUCUGGAAAACGGUUACAUUAUAGGAACUGAAUUCUGGGAGGGGAAAAAUGUGACGUACAAAUGUAACAAGGGAUAUCGAGCUCGUGGGCAGAUGGUCAGAUUUUGUAAUAAAACUGGAAAUUGGACCGAGGAAGAACCUAAAUGUGAAGGUCAGCAUAUAUUUAUUUCUCCUUACAAGUUGCCUUCUUUUCUAAUAAGGGAGAGGCUAAAUAUCUUAUAUCCUCAUAUCCCCUCUUCUUUAGGUAAAUUAAAUAUAAAGGUUCUUUAUGUUAGACGGUAGUAUUACCAUUCUGAGGCCGAUGUGCGGCGCUUAUGUCAUCUUGCUCUUUCCAUUAGAGCUCCAUUUACGGGUAUUUAAAGCUACCCAAAGCUACAUGGAAAAGAGAGAAAAAUCGAUAAAUAGUUUUUAAAUCGCACCUGAAAAUCGAACUCGGGAAUUCUCCCACAGAGGGCACCAAACAAUUAAACUGAGCUAACCCUAAAAUAUACUGUAGAAAUAAGCUCAAUUCAAGUGUUUGACAAAACCGUGAUAAACAAGUGGCCGUCGUCAGUCUACUCUUAUCGUUUUGUGAUCCUAGCGCAAGGAAUAAAGUGGAUCAUCCAAGCGCUUGCCAUCUGUUUUCUGUAUUCUGCUCCAGCAGUAGCGACAAACCGGACAACGCCAGGUCGUUCAGUGAGUAAUCACGACAAUAAAGGCCGACCAUUUCGUUUUGCGUUACCAUCGGCUGAUAUAUUGUGAUAAUACUGCUGAAACGCCCGUAAAGAAAUCGAAAGCAGAAGGGCACAAAUUGCAUUUUUGUUAUUGUCACCCGCCUUAUUCAAUUCCUUCUCAAUUUAGUAACUACAUGCAAGGACCGUGAUUUCUGCUUGUAAUCCUAACCUGGCAAAAAAAUGUUCCGCCUUUUUUAAUCUUCCUGGUACUAGGAUCUUCCUUCCUUCAUGGAAACAGCCCCUUAAAUACGAAAAGAUAGUAGUAGACUGAGCAUGGCAACGUUAAGACGAAUAUCAGCCAAUAUUUGCAAAAGUUAUGUUACCGUUAGCCAAUUGCACAAAGGGUCAAAUAUCAUCCUUUGAUUUAAUUGUUAUAAAUUCAUACAGGGCCUGAGUUUGAACCAUCAGUAAUCCUUCUUAACAACACAGAGUAUUGGGAACUACUUAAAGGUUGGUUGGAACCGGUAUCUAUGGAGCCGUCUAAGUGGAAGCUGUGCUAUCGAGCUACAGACCAUGGAUGGAGUUCCAGUACAUUCCAUUCUAAAUGCAAUGGCCGGGGUCCCUCAUUGACGUUUGUAAAAGUAGGAGAGUAUAUCUUUGGAGGAUAUACUGACCGAAACUGGCGUAAGUAUAAAUAUAAUGCAUGCGUUGGUCAAUGUAGGUGACUAGAGGUAUGAAGAUUCUUAUGCUAGGGAAUAUUAACACCAUCAAUACACGAUUCUAUAUUUGUUAACUUUUGUACUUUUAAAAACUUCAUGUUGUUAUUUAUACACAAUAUAAAUCAAUAAUUUAAAAAAAAUUAACCAUAACAGUAGUUAAAAUAGAAACUUGAGCAGAGCUUGAGGGACUUGUCCGAAUUAUUGACGCAGCUGCAUUUUGGAGAUGAGACUCAAGAAUCUUUCCUCAUGUCGGUAAGGACAGUGACUCGAAAACUCUUAGGGCGUGUUCGAUUAACCGUAUUUUGGAGUAAAUACAAAGCGAAAAAACUUUAAAAAUCUCUCAUUUUGGAGUUCAUUGCUUUGCUGAAUAGCCACAAAUCCGCUAUAAAUGGUGAUGUAUGUAGCCUUUGACGCUCAGAAACCUCAGACUGGACGAAGUACUCUUCACUUUCCACAUUCUAGCCACACUAGCCGAGUUUUUUUUUCUUUUCCCGACUAGGGAUCGACUGACUAACCCUAGAAUUCGAGCGCCGAAUACUAAAAUUUAAUGCUCAUCUAAUGAGCUGUGCAUUGUCGAAAAUUGCAUGUUGUAAUAUUCUUAAACUCAAUUCAUUUGGUCAUUUUCAUGAUUUUUUUUUUAAUAACAUUUAUUUGGUUACAACACUUCUAAUGACAAUACUUACAUUUACAUGGAGGAAAAAUAAAAACAACGUACAAGAGAUAAAGGAAAAAUACAAAAAAAAAUUUUUCAUGAUUACUUGAACUCCAAACUUCAACCUUCUUGGCCGCUCUUAAAAAAAAAAAACGUGUUACUGUGGUGUAAGACUAAUCCUAAUUUGUUCUUGUUCAUUAGAUUCUGGUGGCUCAUACACAGAUUCAGCUCACAGCUUCAUUUUUUCCUUCAAAAAUAAAGAUGGCCUGGAACCGUUUAUGCUUCACCCCAAGAGAACUGAAAACGCCAUAUAUGGAAACGGCAACUAUGGUCCAACAUUUGGUGGAGGCCAUGACUUUUAUAUCGCUAAUGGUGCCGGCUCCAACACUAACUCGUACUCUAAUCUGGGUCACAGUUAUGUCCAAAUAACGGGAUACACGUACGGAUCAAGCAAAGUGCAGAGCCUGCUUGCAGGAUCCUACAAAUUUACGCCGCACGAAGUGGAAGUGUUUUAUCAGACUUACAAAGACUAGAAAAAGAAAUUGAUUAUUUAGCGUUUCUUAACUUCUAAUCGUAAAUCCUCUAACCAGUAAGCCUUCUUAUCUAAUAUGACUGAACCCUGCCCCCGUCUCUGGCUUUGGGAGAGAAGGGGGCUUGAAAGCCCCUUUAUAGCUACUUAACCUAGUAACGCGUUUUGGUCAAGACAUUAGUCUGCAUGUACAAAGAUUACAAAGUAUGAGCUGAAACAGUUUACAGAUAAGUUGACACUAUCCAAUAAUGAAUGACACGGACUAAGGAAGCUCUUACGCUUUUUGCUUCGGGUCAUAAUUCCCUGAACCACAUCCAUUUGAUUGUUAAGUUGUGGAAAAAGUCCUAAUGAUGGCUUAAGUCAAACAACAACAACAACAAACUUUAUUAAUAAACAUUUAAUAUUAUAGAAGUAUUGCCGGCAGCUGGCAAGGCUAUUCGAGGCGGGACAAAGCGUACAAAAUAUGAAAUUAAGACUAACGCUAACUAAGGAAAGUUUAAUAAUAGGUUAAAUCGUAAUAUGGAUAAGGACUAGAUAACAUAAUAAAGAAAACAAAAAACAAAUAAAUUGUAAAAGUAGAAACCAAUAAACAAGUCUAGAAUAUGUUUUUCAACAUUUUUGGCCAAUUUUACCUUUCAAUUAAGUUGGGCAUUUCAAUAUAGUCUUAUAGCGCACAAAACUCUCCUGUUUACACCAUGAUACAACUGUAGUAGACAAAGCACAUAUAGGCAUAGUCGGGUAUUAAUUUUUUGAUAGUUUUAACAAUUAAUUUAAAAUGGGAUUUUCUCUUUUUAUUACAUGACUUCUCCAUAUGCAUGUUCAGGAUCACCGGUCUAGACCUCACUUUUCAGCGCGGUGAAGGGUUUCAAAACCGACCUUGUAAAAUAAACAUGCUGACUUGGCACAAUCAAAAGUGAAUAAUAAUUG